AUGUCGCGCCAGACGUCGCUUAUAAAUCGGCCGGAGACGGCCGAUAUGAUGGAGUUAGCCCAGGGCGUCAAGAAGGUCGAGUGGAUCACCGAUUCGAGAUCUCCGCUCUGCGGCACCUUUAUCGUAUAUCUGGAGGAUCACACGUUCGGCACGCUUAUGAGAUCCCGGCUGAGCAAGGACGAACGUGUUGCGUUCGUUGGAUACCGCGUCCCUCACCCCCUGGAAAACAAGCUAGAAAUCCGUCUACGUUGCAAAGUAGACAGCCCGUUUACCGUCAUGUUGAAUGCCCUAUCUAGCGUGCGCAGUAACGUGGCACACCUGAAGAAGGUGUACAUGGUAGGUUAUUGUCGCUCAUGCCGGAAGGAUGGAGUGGACAUCGAGGACUGGAAAGUCUGCAUCAGUCCACAGGUGGAGCCGUAUAUCACUACCACGCAUAUAACAGCCCUGGAUGUCUGCAAAGCGCCCGUCACUCUCAGCAAUUACAACUUUGUCGUCGUGCUGGGAUACGCCAACGGCAUCAUCUGUCUUUCCGGCGUGGACGCCCAGGGGCAGUUCCACAUAGUAUCGCAUAACGACAGGAACAGUGCCCAGGUGCUCCACCUGGAGGUUCACGUCGACAUUGAGGCGGAUAAAAGGGGCAAAGCCGCGCUUCACAGCUUCGCGCUGUUUGAGGGCGGCACCAUCGUGCGUUUUGCAUGGGACACCCUGCAGCAGAUCUCCAUAGAGUGCGGCUACGGCAUCAACGGAAUGCACGCCAGCUUGGCUCACAGUGUGAUUGCGCAGUACGCCCCGGACCGCAUGGUGCUGAGGUGUCUGGAUACCGACAGCAUCCUGAGGACCUUCGAGAACAUAGGCAGCGACACCUGGGAAGAAUGGGCGCUGGCCUUCCACCCUCAUCGGCGUCUGUUGGCAUUUGCAGGCACAAAUGCUAUCCGCUAUACGUCCGCUCCCCGCUGGGAGAUCUACCAGUUCGGCGACGGCGUGGUUCAUUCGGAGCCCAUAUCGUGCCUGCAAUUCACCGCCCUUGGCGACAUAGUGGUGCUGCUUACCGCCAGCCAAGACAACAUCGCAGUGUGGGAUUUCGACACCCAAUCUGUUCUAUAUAGGCGAACGGGAUGCGAGUUCAGGUUGUGUUUCCUUACCGACCUGAGGGAGAACGAGGUCAGCCUGGCAAUCUUGGGACACGUCUAUGACAGAAAGCCCUGGACCCUCACUCGGCUGACACUACCUGCUGAUGACCGCAUGGAGGAGGUAGGGGUGAAGCGCCUCGCGGAGGCGAGUUCCUCUUCGAAAGGCGCUGACGCCCAAGUAAACAAGCGACUGCGCCGGAUGGUGGAUGAUGAGGCGGAGGAUGCCGGAGACGACGUUGCGGAGGAUGCUGGAGACGACGUUGCGGAGGAUGAGGGCGGCCUCUUUGACGGCGUAGACAAUAUCGACGUCGAUGCCGAGAAGCCGGAGGCACCAGCGUCCCCAUCAAGGCACCGCCGCCGCAACGUAGACGUCUUCGACGUGCUCAAUGAUGAAUCGAGCAUCGCGCUGAUGGAGGACAUCGAGCGGCUCAAGCGGCGUGUGGCACAACUUGAGCGGCGGACUGAGGCGCGUUACAAUCUCACGCCGGGCUCAUGCCCAGCGCCGCAUGACGAGUCUUCUCAAUGGCUCAUGUAUUGGGACGAUGGUGGGCAGAUUACCAAGCAAGGUUCCGGCGAUUCCACAACUCUGCACGUCCACCUCUACUCGGGCCCCAAUGCCGGUUACAUACAGAAGCAUGACAGCCACAACUGCCACACGGCCGCGCUGUGCGGUAGGGCCCUGGUCACGGGCAGCGAGUUGGCUGUAGACAACGCACCCCAGGGGCUGUUGACCGUCUACAACCUGGGCACCAACGAGAUCUGGCAGCGCCGGUUAAGGCACGAAAGCAUCGCCUCAGUGGCAGUCUCUGACGAAUUUGUAGCUGUUCUGGGAGACGGCGUGCUCUACAUAUUCUCCUUUGCGGGUAGCAUGUUGGGGGUGUACCGCCUGAAAGGCGCACCGGUCGGCCUAGCUGCCAAGGGCAACAUCUUGGCCGUCAUUUCAGAGUGCACCAGCAACCCAAGGUCGUCCACAGUGUACUCCACGCGCCUGUUGUGGGUGAACGGUUUGCGCGGCCUCGCCCGAAAUUCCUUGAACCGCGUCGUCGACCUUUACGACGACGUGCUCGUACUGCCGCCUAACAGACAUGUGUCAUGGCUCAGCAUUUCCGACCAGCUCAACCUCUGGGUGGGCGAUUCGUCCGGCCAGUUGAUGUCGCUGGUGCCGGCCAUGGCGAGCUUCCACAAGCUGGGCGGCGUGUCCUUCGAGUGGGUCCCAUCGCUGCACCUCGCCGACCUGGGUGGUGAGAGCUCGUCGGAGGAGAAGAGCAAUCGCAUAAGGGCGUUCCCGCUCUACGUAAAUGAGCAAAAGCUGUGCUACAUCCGCCUGAAAGAGGGCGAACGCUACCCUCACAGCCAUGCGCCAGUGAACUUCCUGGGCUACACGCUGCGUAAGGCGCCGCUGCGUAUCGAGGGCGCAAGCGGUGCUUACAUGCCGUUCAACAAGUUCCAUUCGGUGAUGACACGCGACCCCAAACUGAAGGAGGUCGGCCCCGCUGGCAUCGUCGAGGAUGUCGCUGCCAUCCCCUGGCAGCAGUACGACGAGAUGCGCCACUCCCUAACGCUGCAGGGGGCUCAACUCGAGCUGUUGAUGCAGCUGCAGCAGGCGUACGGCUUCUGGUUCCGUGAUGCCGAGCGCGUGACCCAGAAGGCUGCGACUUCGAUGGGCAACGUCGAACUGGUGCACGACAAGUGGCUGCUGCGUAUGCUGCGCAAAGUGAAAGGCCAGCGCCAGGACAGCAAUGUACUCUACGAUGUGCUGCGUAUGAUCCGCUACCAGCGUUGCUUGGACACUGCCGCUGAAAUCCUGUCGGACCAGAUGGACGGUCGCCAGAGGAGGGUUCUGCGUGAAGCGUCGAUGCUGCUGGCCAAUGGCCCGAACCGGGACUUUUUGUUCCCAUCGCGCGAGAACAAGGCACCUGAUGCCAACGAUGCGCAGCAGCCCAGAGCGGAUGGCGAGCCGGAUGCUGGGAGAGGCGUGCAUGAUGUGACUGUCCUCAACAGGACCGUUGUUGCAGACAAGGACACGGUACCUGUCAGCGUAGCUGCCCCAGCUAAGGCCGUGCCGCCGUCCGCUGCACCCAAGCCGAAAGCGCCGGCCAAGCCCGUGCACGGUUUCGUGGAAGUCGACGGCAACCCAGAGGACAAAUCAAACUGGAUGGAACAGGUGUUCCGCCCAUGA